GGGGCCGCCGGGGAAAGAAGAUGGCGGCGCAGGGGAAAGCCCGAUCGGGCGGCGGCGGCUGUGGGGAGGAGGAGCGGGGAUCUGGACGCUCGGAGUCGGAGUUGCUGCUGCUGCACCCGGAGCUGCUCUCGGAGGAAUUCCUGCGGCUCACCCUGGGGCAGAAAAAUAUAUUAGUCGAAAAUGAUGUAAAGAUGGACAAAGAUGGGCUCACUGAUCUCUACAUUCAACAUGCCAUUCCCCUGCCUCAGCGUGACUUGCCAAAAAGUAGAUGGGGGAAAAUGAUGGAAAAGAAAAGACAGCAAAAUGACUUGAAAAGUGAGAAUAAAAGUGUUACAACAGUGGAAGGUUUAAGGAAACGGCCAUUAAUUGUAUUUGAUGGCAAUUCAACAAGUACAAGCAUAAAGGUGAAGAAGACAGAGAACGGAGCUGCCGAUCGCCUGAAGCCUCCUCCAGCUGGAAGCACCACCAACACAGUUAGAAGAUUAUCAGUUCCUUCAAAUGCCUCAACAUACAUUUCAGCUUCCAGUUUGUCAGAGGAUGCUAAACUGGGCAUAAGGAAUAAUGAGGCUCACCAGAACAAUAUUUCAAAGACUGACAGCGGUGUGUUAACUGGUCUGAAGGUUUACCCUUUAUCUCCAAUAGCAGGAGCUACUGUGGUGAAGUUAAAGAGGUCUGUUCCAAAAGAGGAAUCUGAUUUGCCGAAUGACCUAAAGCCUUCAGAAGCAAAGAAGAAAAUCCAACAUGUUACAUGGCCAUGAAGUAGCUAAUGGUGCUUGAAACAUAAAUAUUGCUUCCAUAUUUUCAGAUAGGUCAUAUUUAAACAGUUUAAAUAAAAUGGUUUUAAGAUUUACAAACUUACAGAGA